AAGGGGUUGGAAACUCUGACACCCUUGAUUGUGUUGCAGUGUGCUGAUCGGGUGUUUUUGGGUGUUUUUCGGUGCUUUGACGUUUUUGACAUAUAAUGUGAUAGACGUCACUUUUUUCCAAAUUACUGGCAACACUUGAGUAUUUUUUCAUCGUUGUAUUGUUUUGAUGUGGAAUUUGCGAUCAUCGGCGGUGGCCGCUGGUGGGCAAUCUAAACAGCCGAAACGACCUUAUACCUUGCCGGAUGUUGCAGAAUUCCGGUCCCGGAAUAAGAAGUUGUCGACCAGAAGCUUGAAUCAAAUUCAACUCCCUCGGAAGCAAGUUCACUGCCCAGUCCAUCAGGAUGCUUCGCCAAAAUUAAACGGAACACCCAAGAAAACCACGCCGCAACAGCAAUCGAGCGAAGAAGGGGACAAAACCAUCGAUGCAGCUCUAGCCACCGUUGUCGAGCAUGCCAUGCUGGAUGACAUUCCUGUAGAAGAUCCGAAGGAAGAUACGUCGAUGGGUUAGUAAUCGUGGAGUCAAACGGUAACGAGAUCUGGCAAGGACAAGGGAAUGAUGUUUCUAGUGUGAUGAAGCGAAGGCGAACGAUGAUCCAGUCCAGCUACUACAGAAGAAAUCGGUGAAAAAGUGGAAGAGGGCGGUUCUCAGUCGAGUGACUGUGGCAUUGAUCGAUACAGGAAGACGAAGCGAGCAAAGAUAAUAAGAAAACAAGAUAAAUCUUCCGAAAAGAGCUAGGUUUCUAUUAUGAGAACUAGGGAUGUAGUACCGGUAGUACCGGUACCGAAAAUACCGGUAUUACCGACCAAUUUUUGGUACCGAAAUACCGGUACUGAUUGAGCCUUGGUACCGGUACUUUCGGUACCGCAAAAUCUCUCCCGAAGUGCUGAAAUCCGGUCAUUAGUAUAGCCAACAUCCAAUGGAAAUAUUAAACGAGAGCAUUUAAGGUGAAACGGGACGCUGUGUUAUUUUUCCUAUCUUGCCUCUCUUUCUAACAAUUUGCCUCACGAUUUUGAAGAUGGUAAUCUCGAGUUCUAUCGCACUGAAGAUGCUGAAAAACAAUCAGCAUAUGCACUGCAAGUGAGCAUACACAGUGAUAGGUUUUUGUUGCAAAAUAUGAAGUAGAAUCUGAGAUUACCAUCUUAGUAGCAACAGAGCAAUGGCGGAUAUUUCCCCGACCGUCCCGUCCGCCCUUAAAACCAAGUACUUUGACUACUUUGACAAACAAACAUUUCAUAUAUGCAACCUUUCUGCAAAUCCAGGACAUCAUAGCAAUGAUUGAAUUUUGGAAAUGGAUUUACUAGCUUAGAAUAAAACUUGUUAGAUUGUGAUUCCCUUUCAUUUAUUUUUUUUUUCAGUUUUAGAAUCUGUUGAUAACAUUAUCAAGGAAAAUUGAGUUAAAUAUUCUUCUGUCUCACCUUGCAGCUAUCCGAUUUUUGUACAUGUAAGGUUGUUGCUGUUUCAUUUUAGACUGACCAAGAUACUGCCAGUGAAACUGCGCAGAAGCUAAACAAUAGUUCCAAAGUCAGUUUCAUACAACGAAUUUCUUUUUAUCUUUUCUAUCUAUCUAUAUUUAAUGUUAAAAUUAUUAUUUUCUUGUUAGAUUUUAUGACAUCUCUGAAAACAAGAAUUCACAAAUGACUUGUAAAUUGUAGA